CCCCCCGCGGCCCUGGCCGAGACCCCUCACCUGGUGCGGGUGGACGCGGCCCGCGUGCUGCGGCCCUUGCGGCACUUCUGGAGGAGCACGGGUUUCUGCCCUCCACUGCCGCACAACCAGGCUGACCAGUAUGACCUCAGCUGGGACCAGCAACUGAACCUUGCCUACAUAGGUGGUCCUCAUGGUGGCAUUGAGCAGGUCCGGACACAUUGGCUGCUGGACCUCAUCACAGUCAGGGGAUCAUCUGAGCAGGGCCUGAGCUACAACUUCACCCAUCUGGACUCAUACCUGGACCUUCUCAAGGAAAAUCAGCUCCUCCCUGGAUUUGAGCUGAUGGGAAGCCCCUCAGGACACUUCACUGACUUUGAGGACAAGCAGCAGGUGUUUGAGUGGAGGGACCUAGUCUCCCUCCUGGCCAGGAGAUACAUUGGUAGAUAUGGACUGGAACAUGUUUCCAAGUGGAAUUUUGAGACCUGGAAUGAACCAGAUCACCAUGAUUUUGACAAUGUGACCAUGACCACACAAGGCUUCCUGAACUACUACGAUGCCUGCUCUGAGGGUCUGAGCACUGCCAGCCCUGCCCUGUGGCUGGGCGGCCCUGGUGACUCCUUCCACCCCCCGCCACGGUCACCCCUGUGCUGGAGCCUCCUGGGUCACUGCGCCAAUGGCACCAACUUCUUCACUGGUGAGGUGGGUGUGCGGCUGGACUACAUCUCCCUGCACAAGAAGGGUGCGGGCAGCUCCAUCUCCAUCCUGGAGCAGGAGGAGGCAGCAGUGGAGCAGAUACAGCAGCUCUUUCCCAAGUUCAAGGACACCCCCAUUUAUAACGAUGAGGCAGACCCUCUGGUGGGCUGGUCACUGCCACAGUCUUGGAGGACAGACGUAACCUAUGCAGCCAUGGUGGUUAAGGUCAUUGCACAGCACCAGAAUCUGCUCAUCGCUAACACCAACUCCUCCAUCCGCUAUGCGCUCCUCAGCAAUGACAACGCCUUCCUGAGCUACCACCCACACCCCUUUUCCCAGCGUACGCUGACUGCCCGCUUCCAGGUGAACAACACCAGCCCGCCCCAUGUACAGCUGUUGCGCAAGCCGGUUCUCACUGGGAUGGGACUGCUGGCCCUGCUGGAUGAAGAGCAGCUGUGGGCUGAGGUGUCACAUGCUGGAACAGUGUUGGACAGCAACCACACAGUGGGCAUCCUGGCCAGCACCCACCACCCCAAGGGCUAUGCUGAGGCCUGGCGUGCCACAGUGCUGAUCUACGCGAGUGAUGACACCCUCACCCACCCCAACCGCAGCAUCCCCGUGACACUGCGUCUAGAUGGGGUGCCCCCUGGCCCAGGGCUUGUCUAUGUUGUGCGUUACCUGGACAACCAGCUUUGUAGCCCGGACCAUGAGUGGCAGCACAUGGGCCGGCCGGUCUUCCCCACCGCCAAGCAGUUCCGGCGUAUGCGCACAGCUGAGGACCCAGUUACCACAGCACCACACCCCUUCCCCUCCAGGGGUCACUUGACAUUGCACCCCAAGCUCUCACUGCCCUCACUCCUGCUGGUGCACGUGUGUGCACGCCCCUCAAAGCCACCAGGCCAGGUCAGCCGGCUCCGUGCACUGCCCCUGACACAAGGGCAGCUGGUUCUGGUCUGGUCCGAUGAGCAUGUAGGCUCCAAGUGCCUGUGGACAUAUGAGAUCCAGUUCUCCCAGGAUGGUAAGGUGUACACCCCAAUCAGCAGGAAGCCAUCAACCUUUAACCUCUUUGUGUUCAGUCCAGACACUGCCAUGGUCUCUGGCUCCUACCGGGUUCGAGCACUGGACUACUGGGCCAGACCAGGACCCUUCUCGGAGUCUGUGCCAUACCUGGAGAUCCCUGCCUCCUGAGGGCCAUCAGCUCCUGGUGAACUCUGAGCCUAUGCUGACCAGUGAACCCAGGCAUCCAGGAGCUAAGAUGGGCUGGACUUCCACUGGCCAGUCAGUUAACUGUCAGCUCCAUUUGUCUCCCACCAUCUGUUUAAAGUACCUUUAAAGUGCUUUUC